ACAACAAAUGGCGCUGAGGCUGAGUAGUGUAUUUUCAGGUGUUGGUCUGAGGCAUUCGAGUAAACCCAGGUGCAGUUUCAGAAUCAGAAGUGGUGCAGUUACAGUUAGAAUGGCCUUCAAUGAUUCCAAAGUCAUUGAUUCCCAUCUGCACGUGUGGGCUUCACCUCAAGAGGCCGGUAAAUUCCCUUAUUCUCCUGGACAAGAACCUAAUUUACCAGGAAAUGCAGAUUUUUUGCUCCAGUGUAUGGAGGAGGCAGGAGUAGAUGGUGCACUCAUUGUGCAGCCGAUUAAUCAUAAAUUUGAUCAUAGUUAUGUGACAAGUGUUUUGAAGAAAUACCCAACCAAAUUUGUUGGUUGUUGCCUUGCUAAUCCUGCUGAUGAUGGAAGUGGCCUUGAGCAGUUUGAACAUCAUGUUGUGAAGGAUGGUUAUUGUGCUGUUCGAUUCAACCCCUACUUGUGGCCACCUGGUGAAAAGAUGACAAAUGAAGUUGGAAAGGCAAUUUUCCAAAGGGCUGGGCAACUCAAUGUGCCAGUGGGCUUCAUGUGUAUGAAGGGGCUUGAUCUGCAUAUAUCCGAAAUUGAGCAAUUGUGCACAGAAUUUCCAUCAACAGUUGUGUUGCUUGAUCACUUGGCCUUUUGCAAACCACCAAUAAACGAUGAGGAAGGUCUUGUCUUUUCUCAGCUUUUAAAUCUGUCUAGAUUUCCACAAGUAUAUGUGAAAUUUAGUGCCUUUUUCAGAGUUUCAAGAGCACCGUUUCCUUAUCUGGACUUGUCUCCUCUCUUAUCCCAACUUGUUUCUCGCUUUGGUGCUAACCGUGUCAUGUGGGGCAGUGAUUUUCCAUUUGUUGUUGCUGAAUGUGGUUACAAAGGACCCAAAGAAGCUGUGCAUCUUAUUGCAAAUCAGAUCUCUUUGCCUUCAUCUGAUUUGGAGUGGAUCAUGGGGAAGACAGCUUCACAACUCUUCCAAAACCAAUUGACUGCUGCCAAGCAAGGUUCUCAUUGAGUGGGGGAUGCUGUUUGAGUCUUCUCAAAAGUUUCUAGAUUUUGUGUUAGUAAUUUGAUGUUGAACGUACAUGACAUUUGUGAAAGCAUUGAAUACGUUUUUUUUUUUUUUUUGUUUCACUGAAUACUCCUUGUCUUUGGUAACACAAUGACAUGAAAGAACAUUUUUUUUGUUGUUGUUUGUAUUGGUCUCUUUGCUGGUUACACUUGUAAUUUGUAGCUUGGUUUGCCUAGAGUUUUUAGACUGAUUUGGAAACUCCUUGCAAUGGUUUAUAGUAGAUCUUUCUAGAUUUAGUUUAAGUUGUAAUCAAAGUUGUGUUUGGUGUGUAAUCCUCAAUGAAAGGAAAACAUAAAUGCAUUCGUAGCUAGGAUUAUUGCUUAGAGGGCAAUCUUCAUGAGAUUUAGUUCAAAUGUUUUGCUUCUAGUGAUUAUACCACUGUAUUAGUGAGGCCCAAAGUCAGAAUUUGUGAACUUCAUGGUCUCUUACAAAUAACGUGAAUAGUUAUUAGGAUCCAAUUGCAAGGUAUAAGAACGUGCUUGAAUUGACGUCAAAUUUACUUAAAUAUAAGUAUAUUAUAAUGCUAUAAGUUAUAAAUUCCACGAUGAAUCAUAAUUUAACGUGAUUUUGUUAGAUUUUCAAACAUACAUUAUAUUCAAUGUCAUUUGGAAAAACAUUAUUUUUUGGGGAUUCAAAUUCAUUUUUUAACAAAUGCUAACCAAUAUUUUUAAAGAAUUAAAAUAUUAAAAUUAUAUUUUUGCAGUAAUAUAUAUUAUUUCAUGAUUCUUUUAUUACGUUAAAGUUUACACUGCAUUCCUCUUUUUUGAACAUCUUUUCUCCAUAAAACGUGUUACUAUAAAAUUUACUCUUUUCCAACAUCGAUGAACUAGUUUUUGUAUUUUUUAAUACCAUGUAUUAACUUAAGGGAAUAAACAGUCCCAACCCUGGAGUUCUUAGCUUUACCCUUCGAAAUUUGGAUUUGGAUUGAAGGGAAAAGAGAGAGCUAAGAAAGUCUGCACCGGAUUCCAGCUUGUAAAUUAAGAUGAUUAUCGUUGUAACAAGUGCAAAAUCUACUACUGAUGAUAAACAGAAAGUUAAUACAUCUUCAACCAAGAUAUGCUUUCAGUUUCAGCUUUUAGUGUUGGCAGUGGCGUUGACCUUGAGAAUCACAAGUGGUGCUGCUGCUACAAUGCCUGAAACUGAAACCUUUUCAAUCACCGAAGUCAUUGAUUCUCAUCUCCAUAUCUGGGCUUCUCCUCAAGAGGUACUUACUAUUACUAUCACUUCACACUUCAUUCUUCUAUAUUCCAAACAUAAAUGCAUAUGCUCCUUUAUUAUUAUUGUUGUGGUUAUUAUUUGUUUCAAGUGAUCAUAUUACUUAUCCAAUCACGCUCUGAGGUUAUUGUUAAAAAAUUCUUGUACAGUUCUUGACUAUUAAAUUUAAAAUCAUCAAAACUUUUCUGCGUAAUCCAUGCAGAAAUUUGUAUGCAAAAUAAUGAUUUUGUACUAUGUUCGUGACUUUAUACUUCUUUUAAUAAGGUUGUCCAUUUAGCAAGCAUUAUCCUAUUUUUUUUUCCUUGAAAAUGAAGGCUGGUGAAUUCCCUUAUGCUCCCGGACAUGAGCCCACUUUACCAGGAAAUAUCGAUUUUUUGCUCCAGGUAUGCAUUUAGUUUAUUUUGUCUCUAACCAUGUCUACCUUAGGGUCAAUAACUUCGGAAUUGUGUAUUUUUUUUAAUAAUAUUUUUUCUUGAUAUUGCAUAUUUUUUUGUAGACCCCUUAAUUGCAUAUUUGACUCAUUCAUGUAGAAUGUGAUGCAGCCUCCCUAUCUGGCAUUUUCAUACAAAUUUUAAUGUCUGCUUGAGGUCAAUUACAUGGAAGCUGAUUCUGAUUAGAUUUGAUCAUUGAUGCUGAUACACAAUUUUUCUGAAGUGUAUGGAGGAGGCAGGAGUAGAUGGUGCCCUCAUUGUGCAGCCAAUUAACCAUAAAUUUGAUCAUAGUUAUGUUACAAGGUAUAUUCAACAUUUAUUUUUCCUCAUUUUGCGUAGGAAUUCAGUGAUUUUAUAGUUUUUAGAUAAUACUGAAUGGGUAGUUGGUUCCGAUGGAAUAUCUAGUAUUAAAUAUGAUCUCAGCACUUGAUAUGUUAUUUUUGCUGCAAUUUCUAGUGAUAUAAGAGAAUAGGGUAUAGACUGAAGGUUAGGGAGAGAUUUUGAAAACACAAUAAUUGAUGCUCAUUGUGUGUAUUUAAAUUUUUUAUUUCUUAAUGCAAAGGACUUAACAAAACAUGAUGAGCCAAGAUAUGCUUUAUCCGAUUAGUUGCUAAAAUAUUAGCUGCACAAUGAGUUGGAUGGCCAUAUACUAGAGGAACUUUGACUUAAUUGUGGAUUUCAUUGUACUGAUUACAUCUUCCAUGUAAUGGAUUCUUUUUAUUUUUUAUUUUUUAUUUUUUUAGUGUUAAUUGUAUGUUGUAUCACUUAUGUUAAUUUGUUCAUUGUGCAGUGUUCUGAAGAAAUACCCAACCAAAUUUGUUGGUUGUUGCCUUGCUAAUCCAGUGGAGGAUGGAAGUGGGCUUAAGCAGUUUGAAGAUCUUGUUUUGAAGGUUUAAAGGAUAAUUUCUUUUUAUCAAAAUUGCUUUUUUUUUCAGAAAGCAUUGAAGUUUUCUUUUUCUGUUAGGAUGGUUAUCGUGCUGUUCGAUUCAACCCAGAUUUGUGGCCAUCUG